CUUUUCAUUGCCAAACCAGUGUAUCUUGAAACUCAAACUCAAACUACAAUACUAACGUGUUUCAAAUUCCCUCUGAAAAAUGCCGAUCCCGGUUAUUGACUUCUCCAAGCUUAAUGGUGAGCAGCGAGCUCAGACAAUGGCUCAGAUAGCAAAUGGAUGUGAGGAAUGGGGAUUCUUUCAGUUGGUGAAUCAUGGGAUUCCAGUUGAGCUUCUUGAGAGGGUGAAAAAGGUGAGCACCGAGUGCUAUAAGUUAGAGAGGGAAGAGCACUUCUUCAAAGACUCAGCACCCGUAAAGUUAUUGAAGGAGUUAGUCCAUAAGAAAAGUGAAGACAAGGUAGAUAACAUGGACUGGGAAGAUGUCUUCCUUCUCUCAGAUGAUAACGAAUGGCCACCAAAGACCGCAGGGUUCAAGGAAACCAUGACUGAAUACCGAGCAGAAUUGAAGAAACUGGCAGAGAAGCUAAUGGAAGUGAUGGAUGAAAACCUGGGAUUACCGAAGGGGUGCAUCAAGAAGGCUUUCAAUGGAGGAGAAGGAGAAAAGGCGUUCUUUGGGACAAAGGUCAGCCAUUAUCCACCUUGCCCUCAUCCAGAAAUGGUGACAGGUCUGCGGGCUCACACUGAUGCUGGAGGCAUCAUCCUUCUCUUCCAGGACGAUGAGGUCGGUGGUCUUGAGAUUCUUAAAGAUGGUAAAUGGACAGAUGUUCAACCACUCCGCAACUCGAUUGUCAUCAAUACUGGUGACCAGAUUGAAGUCUUGAGUAAUGGAAGAUAUAAAAGUGUUUGGCAUCGUGUUCAGGCUAUGCCCAAUGGGACUAGGAGAUCAAUAGCCUCGUUUUAUAACCCAUCUUUUAAUGCCACCAUAGAACCUGCAACACAACUAGUUGAAAAAGACAACAAGGAGGUCAAACAAGUUGGUUACCCCAAGUUCAUCUUUGGUGAUUACAUGUCCGUAUAUACCGAACAGAAGUUCCUCCCAAAAGAACCAAGGUUCGAAGCUGUAAGAGGUGUAUACGAUGAGAAAGAUUUAAUCUUUUCAGUUUAGGGUUUGUGAUAAAGAUGAUGAUCAUGGGUAAUUAUAAGCUUUUACCCAAGUGGCAAAAAUGGUCUCGUGGGUUUGUCCUUCUGCUGCUAAUUAUGCAGAUUGUGUACACAGCUUUACUAUUAUUCUGUUUGAUGUUUCUGUUGUGUGUUUGCUUUCCAAACCAUUGCAAAUCUUGAUAUUGUUCAUGAUUGCUGCUUUGUGUCACUGGUAUAUCUGUCAUUUCCUUUAUUUCUUCAUGUAAUUACUAAUACAUUGUAAUAUAUACUGAGUAAUUUACCAUCUAAGCGAAGGCACUUAUUU